CUCCCCCCGCCGCGCGCACUCGAACCGUAUCGCCCACCAUGGAGCCGCCCGCGAAGCGCCUGCGCAUCCUCCAGUCUGUCGAGGUCGACGAAUCCAACCCGGACUACAUCGCCGCAAAGGAGAAGGAGAAGGCUCGGCUCAAAAGCAGAUUCGAGUCUAUUUUCUCCAAGUUCGAAGCCAUACCCGCGGCCAUGAGCGACGAGAUCAGUAUGCGGACCGGCGAAAUCGUAGUCGAUAGGGGCCAUUACAGGAGGCUUAACAGGGAAUACAAGCAGCGACAUGGGCGGAGGGCGACGCAGUUGCUGGAUGAUCUGAUGGCAGAUGAGCUUCCCGAAGUGUCGGACGAGGAGGAUGGCUCGGGGGAAGACGCAAAAGAUGAAUUGGCGCCGUCGCAGUCUCCGGAGCCUCGGAAUCGCAAACAGGAAGAGGAUGACGACGGACAAGCAGGGACGACCGCGUUACAAUGCCACCGUCUGGUGCAUCUACCGCCGUCGGAUACGCCCAUGAGCAUGCAUCCUCAGAGACACCCACAACCCAUCGUCGCAAAUCCGGCAAGUCAUGCGGUCGAUUUGACCCAGCUCGUACAGUUUCCACAGACGCCAGCUGGUCAACAAGCUCAGACCGCUUUUGUAGCGCAGAUAACGCAAGCUGUUCAGCAAGCAGUUACACCAAUUGUGUCGAAUCUGCUUGCGAACGGGGUGAAUUUCCAGCUUCCAGCUAGCAACGACCUACCGGGCCCCAUCACACCUGCCCUAGCUGGCGGCAAAAUAGCACCAUUUACUGACCCCAACUCGUUUUCUCCAGCUUUAUCGGCGACUGGGAGCCGGCAUGUGCAUCCCUAUUCGAGCCCCAUCUCGGUGUCAAUUCGAAGACCAAAACCCAGAAGCUUCUCGUCUAGGAACGCCCCGAUUGAACCUAUUCCGCGCAAAUGCAUUGAAGACGAAGCUGCGACGACCACAGAAACCCCUAUUUCAUCACCUAUACCUGAGCUCAGCAAGGAGCGAGAUGCCCACGAGAGAGCAGACAUCGCGAGCGUGGAUCAAUCUCAAGCCAAACCUCGGGCGAGGAGUACCCAAAAGCGACGCGGCAAAUAUCUCUUCACUGAAGCCGACGAUGCAUAUAUCGUUGAACAGAGACGAGUACACAAUACUCCGUGGAAAGAGAUCAAGGCUAGCAGGGCAAAAUGGAGAGACUGGCCAACCACCUCGCUUUGUAAUCGCUGGCAAUUUCACUUAAAAUCAAAAGAGUGUCCUGCGCACGGAAGCAUUGUGGACGCGGAGAGUGACGAGCGAGCACCGGAGGGGAAGGACACCCAAUACAACGAUCUUACAAGCGGACCACGCGAAACGGGAACGCAGAAACUUAAGUUUCCUAGCGUGAAGAGCCUGGAGUCGUUAACUACAUCACCUCAUUUGCCUACACCGAGUUCGCUAGAAAACCACGACGCCGACGACGCACAUGAGGAACAGCCUCAUAUAGUCGCUCAAAAUAUUGAGAAUAUGCUCGCGUCAGGCGCACAUUUCGACGAUGACGAGCGGGAACUACUUUCUUUGGCUGGCGCCGAUGAGCCCGUCGAAGGCACGCCCAUUGGAGGCGGCUCGGGGGAAUUCGAGGACCCCACGUAUUUCCCGGCAGCCGACGAGGCGAUCUUGCCCUCAGUCGAAACAGAGACGCCCCCGGAAGGCGAUGCCAAAGCGGAAGCCGACUUCCCUGUGGACGAGGAUGCGCAAAACAAGCGCCCUUUUACCCUUCCCAUCGUCGAGCACGAAACAUCAAUCCCAACGGAGACCGUAACACCCGCUCGACAGAACCUCGCAGGAGCAUUUUCGACAUCUGCUAAGAAACGCAAACCGAGACCAAAACUCAUCAACUUCCAGGUUGGCUCCGAAUCCGAAGAUGACUUGGAUCUGAUCGACGUAGACUCCUCGUUUAUAUGUAACACAUGUCAAAAGCCCUUCAGGACGAGCAAAGCGCUCGAGCGGCAUCAGUGGAAUCCGAAUAUUAUGCACAGCGGCGUCGACUUAGCUGCUAAUUCAGCAUCGUCAUCCCUUGCCGAGCCUGUUCCUACCCAGGACGACGAGCUCCUAGCCCCUGCCACGCCGGCAAUCAAACGCGAAUCUCUUACUCCACCCCGAAACCUCCUCUCGGCGCCCGCAUUCCGCACCCCUCGGUCUGCGCCUCAACCAUCAGCCCUGCAAUCAUCAGGCGGGCCAUCAGCUUCGAAGCUAGGCCGCUCCGCCUUCUUGAAGAAAGUAAAGCAGUCGUGGGCAAAGAACGGACGGAAAUCAGCGAUCGCCCCGAAGACCCUGACGAAGAGGAGCAGUUUCCAUACGGUUCCUAGGAAGAGGGCUUGGGAGGCCGAGGAGGAUAGCGCGGAUGACCUUGCCCUGUAGCUGCGAUUGUUGGUUGAGCGUUUUGUUUACUCUUCGCGUUAUCCGAUAUUCUGUUCUCGAUACCAAAGCAUAGCGACGGCAUUGGAUUUCACCGCUAGGGAAAGAAGGUUUCCCAUGGCUACGAAACGGCUUGAGCAGCUUCAGUAUAUAGCCACGCAUAAUCAUACCCAGAUUUUCUCGUCUAUUUUA